CAUGAGGCUCAAUGGGGAGGAGCCCUGGGAAGAAGGAGGAAGAAGAAGAAGAAGGAGCAGAGCGGAGCCUGGGUUAGGAAGGAAGGAAGGAAGGAAGGAAGGAAGGAAAAGAAGAAAGAAAGAGAAGAGAAGAGAAGAGAAGGAAGGCAAGGAGGAUGGAGGUGCCCGCUGUGAACCUCAAGGCCAUCAUUUUGGUGCACUGGCUGCUGACGAUAUGGGGCUGCCUGGAGGCCUGGCUCCCUCCCUCCUACGCCUGGAGCAACUUCUCUGUCCUGGCGCUGGGCGUCUGGGCCGUGGCGCAGCGGGACUCCCUGGACGCCAUCCUCAUGUUCCUGUGGGGCCUCCUGCUGACCGUCCUGACUGACAUCGUCCACUUCGGCCUCUUCUACCCCCGCGGCCCCAAGGCCCCCUCGGACACCAUGCGCUUCUCCAACGGGAUGGCCGUCUUCAGCCUCCUCCUCAAGCCCCUCUCCUGCUUCUUCGCUCACCAGAUGCACCGGCAGCGCGGGGGGGAGGAGCCCUUCCGCCUCGGGUGGCUGGGCGUGUGCCAGGAGCGCAGUGCCUACCAGCCCAUUGACGGCGCGGACACUCGGCCGGCUCCGUUCCCGGAUGCGACGCUCUCGUCGGGCAAAGGGUCACCCGCCCAGCCGUACUGACCGGACCCCGAAGGGUGGCCUUGCCACCUCCACCCCGGACCCCUCGGACCCCGAGCUGCUUCUGCUUAUUUCUGAGCCAAAGACCUCGUUCCCUCCCCCAGUUACGUUCCCCGGUGUAUUUUUCUACUAAAUAAAUGCCUGGUGCCUUCUAUUCUUA